CCCGCCCGCUUCGCUGCGAUGACGGCAGUCGGGACCUUUGGUUUAUGCCCAUUCAGCUCAAACGGGCCAUUUCAUAUGCCCGCAGGCUCAUCAUGCUGGUUGCCUGACCAUCAUAUUUAAUCAAAAGCCAGCUCUUCCUCUCUUCCUCAUAACCCCCGCCCACCUGUACAUUGCCCUCACCAUGCCCUCCGUUUCACCUUCUCACAAGACGGAUGAGCGCUCCCGCGGGCGGGGCCCGCGUCUCAUGAUGGCUUUAUUCUCUUCAUGGGUACUUCCGUCGAAAAGCUCGUCCCCAUCGAGGAAGUCAAGCUCCCCCAAGCAUGGGCGCUCUCCCACCUCAUCCUCAGAGUCAAGCGGGUCCACAGCCGACUAUGGGGGGAGAGUUCGAGCAGGGUCAGGCGCCGAGCCAUCCGCCCGCGUGCCCCAACAGCUGCACAAGGCACCCGCGACGAUUGCGUCUCGCGCUGGCCGCGCAGAGCAAGUACCGCUCAACGCAGGAUUUUACAGUCCAGAUUCUUCCAUUCCAACGUACGGGCGGCCAUCCAGCAGCCACCGACGUCCUGUACCUCCAGGCUUGUCCUCGUCGCCCCACGUUCCCUACGAUGUACCACGUCAUUCGUUCGAUUCCCGUCCCGGAACCAAGGAUGCCAGGCACCUUGAUCCAGGCGUGUACCCUCCCAACCGCGCUCCACCUUCACUCUCGGCAAAGCCGAUCCAGCUUGCGAAGUCUACACCCAACCUCGGGGCGGUGCAGGCGCCGACUACUGCGCCUCGUAAUAUCCCACGCAAAGCCCCACCGCCAUAUCUGCCACCCUCCUCCAACGCACAUGCACCUGCUGCGAGCGAGCCAUCUCCACUCCUCUUCGUGAGACCAGCAACCACUGCUCGCCCUGGCUCCAGCAAUGGUAGGCUUCAGUCGGGCCCCAAUGGCGACAGACCGAGCUCAGCCGGGAGGGAUGGUCCGCGGCCAAGUCUCCCUGUCGGUCCGCCCCCACAGGCGCGGCUUAGGCCAGAGAUACGUCACAAGAAGUCCCACUCGACCGUCCACGAGCGCGAAGUGGUCGAAGACGAUGACCUUCCCCCUCUUCCUCCCCCACAACAUCGCACUCUUCCCAUGCCUCAUCGUGAGGGCCUCCAACCUCGUCCUCGCACUUCGUCGAGAGUGGACGCGCCCACCAAGCCGCGCUCCAAGCGAAGGCAUCUUGCUGUUCGCCCUGCCACCGCGGACAACGCCGACAUCAGUAGGAAGAAGCAGAGCUGGCGCGGCCAGUGGAACGUGGAUGACAUCGAAGAAGUGCGGAGGAGGCUUCGCGAGCUUUGAUGACAAGACAGUCCAUGUCAUUAGAGUCCGCCGGACGAGUGAUAGAAUAGAUACAUGCUAUACGUGCUAUUGGGUAUGCCAUGUCCUCCUGAGAUAUACAAGGAAAGCCGAAAGCCAUUGGUCUACACACCAAAUCUAUCGCCUAAGCAACUUGUUGAGCCAUGACCCGCUAACGUUA